CCUCCCCGCGUCGCCCCCAGCCAAUGGGGAGGCUCCGUACUGCCGGGUGUGAAGGGGCCGGCGCCGCUGUCGAGUUGCGAGUCGGCGAAAGCGGCGGGAAGUUCGUACUGGGCAGAAGGCGUCCGGCCUGCGGCUCGGGAAAUUGCCUGAAAACCAACAUGGAGAUUGAGAAACACAGAUUUCAUAUUCUCAGAAACUAGGAGACCCUGUUGUCCUGAACCAGAAAAUAAGGGGCUGCCAAGUACAGUGAAGGUCAAAUAGGGGGUAUGAGAGGAUGCUGAAUGGGAACACUGUCAGGUCAGACAAAGCUGGCAGAAUUGUGUUCUCCAAAUGAAAAUGCCUCGUGUAAAAGCAGCUCAGUCUGGAAGACAGGGCCCUGCAAAGAGACAUCUUGCAGAACAAUUUGCAGUUGGGGAGAUAAUAACUGACAUGGCAAAAAAGGAAUGGAAAGUGGGAUUACCCAUUGGACAAGGUGGCUUUGGCUGUAUAUAUCUUGCUGAUACAAAUUCUUCAAAAUCAGUUGGCAGUGACGCACCCUGUGUUGUAAAAGUGGAACCCAGUGACAAUGGACCUCUUUUUACUGAAUUAAAGUUCUACCAGCGAGCUGCUAAACCAGAGCAAAUUCAAAAAUGGAUUCGUACCCAUAAACUGAAGUACCUGGGUGUUCCUAAGUAUUGGGGGUCUGGUCUACAUGAUAAAAAUGGAAAAAGUUACAGGUUUAUGAUAAUGGAUCGCUUUGGGAGUGACCUUCAGAAAAUAUAUGAAGCAAAUGCCAAAAGGUUUUCUCGGAAAACUGUCUUGCAGCUAAGCUUAAGAAUUCUGGAUAUUCUCGAAUAUAUUCACGAGCAUGAGUAUGUACACGGAGACAUCAAGGCUUCAAAUCUCCUUCUGAGCUACAAGAAUCCUGACCAGGUGUACUUGGUAGAUUAUGGCCUUGCUUAUCGGUACUGCCCAGAAGGAGUUCAUAAAGAAUACAAAGAAGACCCCAAAAGGUGUCAUGAUGGCACCAUUGAAUUUACCAGCAUCGAUGCACAUAAUGGCGUAGCCCCAUCAAGACGUGGUGAUUUGGAAAUACUUGGUUAUUGCAUGAUCCAGUGGCUGACUGGCCAUCUUCCUUGGGAGGAUAAUUUGAAAGAUCCUAAAUAUGUUAGAGAUUCCAAAAUUAGAUAUAGAGAAAAUAUUACAGGUUUGAUGGACAAAUGUUUUCCUGAGAAAAACAAACCAGGUGAAAUUGCUAAAUACAUGGAAACAGUGAAAUUACUGGGCUAUACUGAAAAACCUCUUUAUCAAAAUUUACGAGACAUUCUUUUGCAAGGACUAAAAGCUAUAGGAAGUAAGGAUGAUGGCAAACUGGACCUCAGUGUUGUGGAAAAUGGAGGUUUGAAAGCAAAAGCAUCAACAAAGAAGCGAAAGAAAGAAAUUGAAGAAACCACAGAAUCUAGUGUUGAAGAUAUGGAAUGCUCAAAUACACAGACAGAGGAGGCCAUACAAACCCGAAGUGAGGAGUCCCAAGGAGCAAUACAUCGAAGCAUGUCUCAGCCAGAGGCUAGCAGCAGCAGCUAUGACAGUUCAAGAACCAGAAAGAGAGUCCAGAAGUAAUUCAGAUGCUGUGAAUUUGAACUUUUCUUCCUUUUCAUUUGAUUUUUUUUCUCCUUUUCUGUUUAAAGUGUUUUAUUUUCAUGUGAGUCUUGUGGGGUGGGAAUAGUAAUUAAAUACCAGUGUCUUCGGAAAACAAACUUUUUUAUUAAAAUACUUUGUACAAUUUAUUAAAGGCUAAUUUAUGAAAUUUCAUAAUCUUCAGGUUAUACUCUUUAAGCUACUUCAAGCUAUGUUUGAGGUUUUGAAGGACAUACAAGAAAAAUUACUAUGAUACGUACUUUGCUAAUUGUUGUACAUUUCCCAGAAUGGAUAAAAAUGUUUGACAGAGUCCUCACUUUUAAGGAAAUCCAAAACUUAAAAUAAAGAUCUCAUUUGCUUGAUACAAAUACACAAUUUGUUAUGGUUAUAAGGUUUGAUUUGUAUUGAUUUUGUUCUAUUCCAUAAACAUUUAUUGAGCACCCGCUAUAUGAGACAGGUGGUACAAAGAAGGGAAAUGAAUAUGAAAGAAAAAAUGGAGUAUGUAUGUCUGUGAGAGAGAAAAUGUACAUAUUUGAGAGUUAGAUUACGUAAGAAUUACAUAAGUAUGCAAGCUGUAUGAUAAGAAAACAGGUGAUAAAUUAUCAAGCGGUGGCAAAGAUUCUAUAAAGACUGGCUUCUUUUAAGUAAGUCCUGUGAACUAGACAUAUAUAUGGCCUGUUCAUUCCCAGGAGAUUGUUUUUCUUGCAAGUUUUGUUUUUAUGGCAUAUAAUAUUUGUACAGUAAACCAAGCACCUUAGAGUUUUAAUGAUGAGAAAUUUUUAAGAUGUGAAGUUUUUUUAGUUGCCUUAGGCACAGGAGCUUGGAAUUUUAAUAUAUUUAUGAAAAGUUUCAAGAUACAUUCCUCAGAAUUUACUUUGUCAGAGAAAUUGGGAUUGGAAUAUAUUUUCUAGUAGCCAGCACACCUUACCAUGUAUAGCAUGUACAAUGUUUUUAGGUGUUACAUGGACACAGAUUUAUUUACCUAUUUAAGUAUUUUAAUAUGUAGUCAAAAUACAGCUAGUACAUUAAACUAGUGAUUAAAUCUAUAGUAGGUAUUUCACUUUUUAAAAAGUUAGUUUGAAGAAAAUAUUAAGAAAAUAAUAAAGGGAGGAUAUUGGCUUACCAGACAUUGUCAAGGUUGUACCAAGUCUGAGAAAUGCUGAACCAACACAGACUAAAACUUUUGGCCUUCUGAUGUGGAUAUUUAGUUGUUAUGUGAAACAUUUAUCACUGUAAUGGUCAGAUACUGAAAAAUGAGAAACACAUAUACAGAUUUUCCUUUGAAGGUUAAUCUUUUAAUGCUUCCUGAAGUUCUAGAGUUAUGUGUCUUUCUUAUAGAAUAGAGAAUUAGAUUUGGGGGAGACAUUCCUCCAGCUUUUUGUAGAAUGUGGGAUUUUGGUACUCAUUGGUGCUAUGAUCCCAAGUUUAUUGGUAACACUUCAAGUUCUGUUUUAAACACAUUGAUGCUUAAAAUAGGAAAAAAUGUGUGUGAUAUGUUUUUGUGUAUAUGUCUUAGCCUUUUUUAUCUUUCAAAACACAAAAACAUAGCAAAACCUGUUGGUUAAAUAUUAAGAAAACAAAUAUUUCCUCACAUAUUGUUUCAAACAAGUGCUGGCAUUUUCUUGAAUGUUACUGUAUUGGCAGGGCUACAGAAGUUAAUAACAAACUACUAGCCACAGUGGCCAGUUUGAUUCAUCAGCUGUGUCCCUUGUUCUACUAUUCUUUUGUUCUCUGCCUUGUACUAUUUUUUUCCUACUUCCUUUAUUGUGGUUAAGCAAUCUCCUUGCCAUUCAGAGAUGCAUUUUUUUCUUGUCCCUUUCAGUUUUAUAUUUAUUAUUUUUAUCUUGAAAUGUUUUUCUUUUAUUUUCAAUCCCUGAAUGGAGUGGAUUUGCCUUCUCUCCUCUCCCUUCACCCUGCAGCUUCCAUGUUCUAAUGUGUUCUUGUCCCAGUUGUGUUCUGCCUUCCCUGCUGUUUUCCUAGGUCCUUAGUGAA